UGGGAUUGAUAAUUAUGGUGACAUGUUGCAAUUAGUCUCUCUAGCUCUACUUGUGUUGGUGCUAACAGCCACACUCUCUGGAGGUGAAGCCAGGGCCUACACCAACAGCUGGGCAGUGGCAGUGGAGGGAGGAGCAGAAGCUGCUGACCAGCUUGCUGCAAAAUAUGGCUUUACAAACUUAGGCCUGGUGAGCCCAGAUCUCCUCAAGGACGUGUACCACUUUAUGAUGCCUGAGCACACUUUGCUUGGGAAGAGAAGCCUCGGUGGUCUGCCAGUCUACCAUCUCAGUCAGGCUCUGGAGAGUGAGAGUAUUGUUGGAUAUGUGAAGCAGCAAGAGUUGAAAAAGAUUGUCAAGAAGGGAUACUCUGUGCCCAGUGACCCGCAAUGGAACACUCAAUGGCAACUGUUGAACAAUGGCCAGCUGCCUGCAGCGUCUGGCGGCAGGGACUUGAAUGUGGAGAGGGCGUGGCUACAGGGGAUAACAGGAUGUGGUAGUGUGGUAGCCAUUGUGGAUGAUGGGGUGGAGUACACUCACUCUGAUUUGAGAGCAAACUAUAACUCUUCCAUUCAAGCCGAUGUGGCGGAUGGUGAUGGCAAUCCUUUCCCAAACGCUGAUGGCCUCGGGAGUCGGGAAUCUCAUGGGACUAACUGUGCGGGAGAGAUCGCCAUGGCAAAGAGCAACUCACACUGUGGAGUGGGAGUAGCCUACAACAGUCAGAUCACAGGCAUACGGUUGCUAGGACUAGUUGUAACUGACAUCACAGAGGCUAGUGCACUCGGUCACAUGACAGACAAGAUUCAUAUAUUCAGCAACAGUUGGGGACCAUCUGAUGACGGUGGAUCUGCUGAACAACCUGGAGAACUGCUCUCUCAAGUACUCGAGACAGCAGCAAGAACUGGUCGUCAGGGCAAGGGAACCAUUUUCGUGUUUGCUGCUGGCAAUGGUGGAGCGAUGGGAGACUCAUGUGCUGCUGAUGGCUAUUCCAGCAGUAUCUACACUAUUGGGAUAGGAGCUGUUAAUAGCAAUGGAGAACAGGCGCGAUACGAUGAGCAGUGUGCUGGGAAGAUGGCUGUGGCAUUUGUUGAUAGCACUAGUCGACUCCAACGUGUGACAACUACAAGUGUUGAGAACGCUUGCAUCAGGAACUUUGAUGGUACUAGUGCUGCAGCACCCCUGGCUUCUGGAAUAGUUGCACUCAUGUUGGAAGCAAAUAAUGACCUGACCUGGCGGGACGUGCAGUAUUUAAUUGUAUACACCUCCAAUGGUGACAUCCUAGUCAACGGGAACUGGUUUACAAAUGGUGCCACUCCAUCGCUGAGGGUCAGUCACAAGUUUGGAUUCGGUGCUCUAGACGCAGAGGCACUAGUUACUCGUGCCCGGAACUGGAUCAGCGUGCCUGAACAACAGAAUGACACUACUGUUCCUUCAACUAGCACAGGAUUGGUGCCUGGUAGUGAUACCUUGGUCGUUACGCACAUGUACACAUCGGACAUUGGAUAUCUGGAGCAUGUUGUGGUGGAACUCACUCUCUCCGUCCCUGAUGACUCGUUAUUCGCCCCCUAUUUCAAUGACGACAAAACACAGACAUUGCGCCAUGUCGCAUAUCGGGGCAAUAUUCAAGUGGAGCUCACUUCUCCCUCAGGAACCAGCUCAAUCGUUCUGCCAUAUCGAACUGCCGAUACUAGGUUGGAUACUUACUCUAAUUUCCUGUUUUCGUCCCUCCAUUUUUGGGGAGAAAAUCCGAAUGGAAUAUGGAAUCUCACCGUACGGAAUAGAAACGAUUAUGAAAAUGCUACUGUCCAAGUGACCAUCCAUGGGAUAACAUUUUAUGGUACUGACAACACACCCGAAGCUGUCAGUCGAGUCCCCACUCAGUGCCACGAGAGCUGUGACCCCAACAAAGGCUGUGCAGCGUCAGGGGCUCAGUAUUGCGAUGCUUGUGCCAAUCUACGUAAUGCUAUGACGCGGGAGUGCAUCGAUUCUUGCCCUCAGAACUUUAUGGAACGAAACGGCUAUUGCUACAAGGACAACAUUCCUGAAGAGGAGUGUGUACCUGAUGCACCGUCAAGCACACAGCCCUCAACAACAGCUGCACCGUCAAGCACACAGGCCUCAACAACAGCUGCACCGUCAAACACACAGGCCUCAACAACAGCUGGUGCAGCUGUUCUUCUCAGUUCGUUCACCAUGCUGACAAUCUUCAUGGGAUUACUCUCUCUGUGGUUGGCUUCUAUGUAGCAAGUUCGCAGAAACAGUAUAUGGUACUUUUACGAGUAUAUGGUACUGUGCAAACGUUUUUAGCAUUUAUCAGUUCUUAAUUUAUAGCAUUAAUAUGUAUUUUUGUUAAGCUGUUAUUAUUUUAGAUAGAGCAUGGAUUUAUAAUUAUCUGUGGAAUAAGUUGCAUAAUAAACAGUUAA